AUGACCACUCGGUCAGCCAACCGGACUGUACUGUUCGACAUUGAGGAGGACAAUGUGCGGACAACCACAGCGAGAUCGAACCGAACAGCUACGUCCAGUACGAGAUCCCGUGCUGCAACAACCAGCUCUAGAUCUCAUUCUAGGCGCAAAGCAGGUGAAAGAAAACGAGUCCAGUCGGUUGCGACCGCAGAUUUUCGCGGUACGAACCCCAUCAUGGAUGGAGAUUUUCAGGAACAGGAGCAGGAGCAAGCGGAGAGAGUUCCGACGCUAGACGAGCGAGGACACAUUAAUUUCACCAAUUCAAGGUACAAGAAGUCAGUAGACUCUGCCAAACGCAGUGUCCGAGCCAGAGGUGCUCUACCUGCAGGCUCGGCGCGAUCCAUAGAUCCGUUCAACACGAUCUCACCGACUCGAACCAGUCGAACGCAGACGCUUGACAUCCAAGAGGAGGACGAAGACGAAGAUCAGCCGAACGACUGCAGGAGGCAAUUUCAACAGCAACAAGCAGCUCGAAUUGAUACCCGAGGUCGCUCACGGUCACGAAAGCAAAGUAUUUUCGGUAGUUGGUCAUACUGUGGCCAUUCGUAUCCGAAUUGGUUCUUACGCUUGGGCACAACCGUCGCAUUCGUGCCGAUUGUCGUGUGUGGUUUGAUCUUCUGGCCGGUUUUGGCAGCAGCGGUGUUGACAACAAUACUGUUGUGUUUUUGCUGUUAUGAACACGCAUGGCUGUCGUUCCGAAUUUACAAGCAAUUGCUCGGUACUUAUCAGUGGUAUGAAGGUAACGAGGGGCCAAUGGAUCUUGGAGAUGCAGUUGGGGAUAGUACGCGUAGCAACGCAUCCGUGGUCUGUGGAUACCAAGACGGAGGUGACAGACGCUUUAAGAACUCCUUUGUAUCGUCAGGCUUUACGCAGUCCACUACAUCGUACCAAACCGGUACAAUGCUCGGUUCGGACGAUGGUAACAUGACGUUCUUAGCUAACGAUAAGGAUGCGGUUGAACCCGAGACGAGACGCCCCAAGGCGGUGUUUGAACUGGAGAUUGAGACUUCGCGUGGUAUUCUGUUGGGUAUGGCGAACUUGCUAUUCUGUGGGAAUCUGCGGCUAACGCGCGUGGUGGUGGCUGUCUUGCUCACUAUUUGCUGGUCCGUGGCUUGUACUAUGGCAUUCCCGUUGAUCCCGUUUCCCGUGGCUAGUACGCCGAGGGAUAUUGAUUCGGCUCCUUACUAUUUUUGGGUCGUUAAUUUCGUGGCUUCGCUGUGUGCUGUAAGUUGCCCAACUUGGCCAAGUGCGAUCUCGUUGGUGGUGCAGAAGUCCGCCUUUGAAGUGCUGUUAUUGAACGCACUAAACUGUCCAUUGGCAGCAUCAGUGGGAUGCAGUGCAGCUCCAAUUACGUCGAUGCAAACUUUUGCUUUGGGAGCGAUGGCGGUGAUGCUGGUACACUCACUCUCGGCGCGUGGACCUGCUAGUUUGGUCGUUGCAGCAACGUUGGACUUGCUGGGGUACGCUUAUGUUGCUGGAGCGUUGGGUCUCUUAAUCUCGAUGGUGGAUCCAAGCGAUCGGAAGUCAACUUGGGCUACGAUAUGGCUCGGUAUGCUUAGUGCUAUGUGGGUGGCGCAGUUCGCUGGCUACGUCUGCGACGCGAUAAUGUAUCGCUUCCAGCUCCCCCACAUGCGAAUUCUACCUCCACGUAUUGUCGUGACGUUAGAUGUGGAGGCUUCGCUGUGUGCUAUCGCGGCUGGCAGUCUGGUGCUUGUCUUCGGAGGUGCAGUGUUGGAUGUUCCAGGCGGGGUGGUACCUAAAGUGCUCUUCUCAGUCGGUAGUGUACUCAUGGCGCGGUUUGGACGGCUCAUUAUCUCUCUACUGAAGAAAGCAGCGGGUGUGCGUUGGAGCGGACGUCUCAUGCCGGGCUUUGGUGGAGCACUGGAUGGUUCGCAUGCGUUGCUCUUCACGUCGAUUGUGUUUGUCAAGUACUAUCUGUAUGUCAUGGCUCGACAGACCAGUGAGGUGGACGAUAUGAGCGGCAGUGGCAGCUCAGCACUGUGGGCAACUGUAACAUUUAGCACCGACCUUCGCAGUUAAGGAUGUCAUUGUCUUUGUUGGCGUAGAUGAACGUUAUUUAACAUGUCGAAAAGCGAAUGAAGCUUUUCAGUCGAAGU